AUGUCCGGCAAAGUCCUCGACAUCCAUCUUGAUCACAUCGACAAGACCUUCCAGGCUGGUGAGUGUGUCUCCGGCACCAUCCUCAUCGAUGGCCGGAAGCGGUCCUCCCACAAUGGCAUUACUCUGACUCUCAAGGGGACGGUGCUGAUGAAGCACAGCUCCCGGAAUACCGGGGCCUUUGAGGCUUUCUACAAUUCGGUCCGGCCCAUCGACCUGAUCUUUCACACGCUGGAGCUGGCCCCAGCCGGCAAGCUGCCCUCCACCAUCCUGGAGCUGCCUUUCUCCAUCCCUCUGUUGCCGACAGCCGAGGAGUUCCCCUUGUACGAGACCUACCACGGGGUUUUCGUCAGCAUCCAGUACAACAUCCGUGUUGAUGUCAAGGGCCGGUCCUUCAUGUCGGGUGACCUGUCCGAGACCAUCGAGUUCCUGCUGGAGAAUCCGCCGCGUAACAUCUCUUUCAAGCCCACCCCGGUGGACAUUCUGAUCAGCUCGAGUGCCAUCGACUCGGUCAAGAAGGGGGCCAAUGUCAUCCCCAAGUUCAAGAUCACCGGCAAGAUUAAUUCCACCCUCUGUCCCAUCACUCGGCCCUUCUCCGGGGAGCUGGUGGUCGAGGAGAUGGGCUCCAAGAUCCGCACCAUCGACCUGCAGCUGAUCCGUGUGGAGACGUGCGGCUGUGCGGAUGGCUUUUCGCGUGAUGCCACCGAAAUUCAGAAUAUCCAGAUCUCCGAGGGCGACGUCCUGCGAAACUUCCCCAUCCCCAUCUACAUGAUCUUCCCGCGGCUGUUCACUUGCCCGACGGUGUCCUCGAAGAACUUCAAGAUCGAGUUCGAGGUUCUGAUCAAUGUGCAGCUGGAGAACAACCAUGUCAUCGCCGAGCGCUUCCCGAUCAAGCUCAUUCGCCUUGAUGAGAAGGAGUCCUUCUAG